GCACACCUUCAGAUGUUCUCUGGUGCUGAUCAGAGAUGGUGGAUCUUGGAUGGUGGAUUUGAACACAAGUUCUAAACUUAGACUCAGUUCCUAGAGAGAAGAGAUUGUGUGUGUGCUUGCAUGUUCAGACCAGAAUAUUACAUUGAAAACUGACUCAGACCUGUUAAAACAAAGGAAACAGAGGGAAGAGAAUCACAUUGCUUUGGUCCUGGAAUUUGUAUAAGCUGUUCUUGACUCAGAAGGCCCAAGGACUGAGAGGAGUCACAUUCAGCUGAGCUCUCUCCAGAGGACGAAAACCUACUUCAACCUGCAACAUGUCCCACUCAUUUGACUGGAUCUGCAAGGAUGUGGUCAAAAGGCUCAAAGGAAAAGAUCUGCGUCCUGUUAAAUGUCGGUCAGAUGCAAGGAAGUUCCGCCAUUUUGAGAUACUGCUGAAGACUCCUCAGUCCCUGUUCUGGAAAUCUGAAGAUACUCCAGUAGAAUAUUCCCUCCUGCAGAUCUUAGAGCCAAAUCUUCCAGUCCCAGAGCCUGAAGUGUUAGAUACCAUCCCCCUUAAACACAUUGUAUACCAGAAACUGAAGGCUAACGUGGGUGUCAACGCCAUCGCAGAAGGAAAUGUGAACACAGAGUAUGUGCAGUCCUAUGGAUAUGACAUCGAGGUUCAGUGUAUUGGCAUCCCAAAUUCAAAACUGGAAAGUCUUCAAAACAGGAAACUUCUGGAUAAGGAGCCAUCAUUUGUGAAAGAUUACCGGAUGGGAAGGUACAGCCUGUAUGUGGUGACAGAGGUAUUUGAAGUGACAAAGUGUGAAAUGAAGGAAAACAUUACCAGUGCCGGCACGACAGUAGAUGCAGCCAUCGCCCAGGUUGUCACGGGCCAAGCCCAGGGACAGUGGGAAAGGAAGACAAUGGAUUCAGUGCCUAUCCAAAAGGGUACAGUGGUGGCCUACAAGAAGAAAAGACUGGUCAUUGAGAAUGACACUUGCGCCAUUCUCCUUUUUGCCAAUGCUAAGAAGAAAAACUUUCUAGGUAUGGUACCUAGGAUGCUAAGAAGUUCUGCUCCCUCAGACAAGGAUGAGAUAUACUAUUCUGCAAGCACUGUGAUAGGGCCAUCAUCUCUAAGACAGCUAGACUGGAAGAUCAAUUACAUCUCUCCAAUUGGAAGGAUAGAAGAACCUUACCAUCAAGAUUUCAAGCGCCUACAAAAUGAGGUUUCCCAGAUAACACAGGAACUGGCCAUGCUUCCAAAGGAUGUUCAAGAAAUUGUGUUCUCUAACCUUCAGAGCAUGCUUAGUAACAGGGAGAAUCUGAAUGACCUGCUUAGCAUGCUGGAACUGGAUCAGUUGGGGCAUAUGGAUGGCCCAGGUGGUGCGAUCCUAGAUCAGCUGCGACAGGACUCCAUACCCCCAUGGAUUGACCUCAGGAACCUUCUUCUUUAUCUCCUUCAAGCCCUGAUGGUGCUGAACGAAACCCAACUCAAUCUGCUGGCCCAGUCUAUGGAGAAGAGUCUCCUCCUCCAUCAACGAGAGCUGGUAAAGAGCAUCCUGCAGCCGAACUUCAAGUAUCCCUGGAACAUCCCCUUCACUCUCCAGCCUCAGCUUCUUGCCCCACUCCAGGGUGAAGGCUUGACCAUUACUUAUGAAUUGCUGAUGGAGUGUGGUCUGGAGAUGGAGCUGAAUAAUCCCAGGUCAACUUGGGAUCUGGAAGCCAAAAUGCCCCUGUCUGCCCUUUAUGGUAGUUUGUCAUUUUUGCAGCAACUUGUAGAAGCCUAAAUCUCCCUCAAAGCCUGGCCCCAGUCCAUGCUGAGUCCUGGAUGCAUUUGAGAUAUGGCACCACAGCAACCAUGGGAGUGGUGCUUUUUGUUCAUGUUCUAGGUGGUGGGAAAAAGAAUGCUAAGGGUUCUUCUUUUGGUAGUAUUAGUCAUUCACAAUUAUAUAAAUAGUAUAUCUUGAUCAUAUUCUCCUCCCCACAUUGUCCUUUUUAAAAAAAAUCCAUCUCCUUUCUAGUAACUUCUCCUUCAACUUUUUAAAAACUCUCUGAUGCAUUUAAUUAGGGUUGUUUGCAUGAGUGUGUGAUUAUUAACCCGAGUACACUUUCCAGCGGCUACACUGCCGAGGCUUUAACUGCUUACAGUGUCUUUUAGGCCACGAGAGAAUGUCGGUGGCCUUGGGCUCUCUUGGUCUUCUGCAGGUAGUCAUUGCUCCUGUGAGCUGAUGCGUGUGAUCGCCGUUCCAUGUCCUUGCCAUGUCCCCAAAUAAGUUUGCUGGUAUCUGUGAAAACUCUUCCAAUCGUAGCCUAAAGAUUUAAACAUUUUUCUGUGUAAA